CAAGCCAGUUAUUAAAAACGUCUCGGCGCGAGCGGUGCGCCGCCCUGUAAUUAUCCAGUUGAAGGCUGUUUGUCACCACCGGAAAUGCAGUACGUGGAGCCGCCCGCGCAGAUGAUGAACAUGGUGGGAAGCUACGGAUGUACGUACGGCCGGAGCGACGUCCUGUCCCCGGCUUCGGACUAUUCGUCCUGCAGCAGUGCUUCCUCUGGUGCGUGGUGCGGAACCACCUGGAGGGAGCUGCCCUACCCCCAGUACUCAUCAUACUGGCCCACCACCACCACCACCACAACAGAGGAGGCUCGUGAACUACAAAGAAGAUGUGCCAAAUGCCGCUGCCCGAACUGCCUAACUGAGGCUGCGGGAUUUGGCCCGAAUUUUGGAAAAGAUGGCGCGAAAAGAGAGCACGUCUGUCACGUGCCCGGCUGCGGAAAAGUUUACGGGAAAACCUCUCACCUGAAGGCCCAUUUAAGAUGGCACACCGGAGAAAGACCCUUCGUCUGCAACUGGCUGUUCUGUGGCAAGCGGUUCACUCGAUCCGAUGAGCUGCAGAGGCAUCUUCGGACGCACACAGGAGAGAAAAGAUUCGCUUGUCAAUUGUGCACGAAACGGUUCAUGAGGUCUGACCACUUGGCCAAGCAUGUGAAAACCCAUGCGAACGUAACGAAGAAGAGCAAGAAGGCGAAAGAAGAUGACAAGGCCGAAUCUCCGAAGCCAUGCGAAGAAAAGAAGCCAGUGCCUACAGAUAUCACCGCCAUAACGGGCAGUUCAAACUAUGGGACAGUGCCGGUCGCUAACGCCCCCAAACAGAUGUUAAAUUAUGCGACAGUUGCCCCACAAUUGCCCAACCAUAGUUACAACAGUGCUCCAGUGUACAGUGGUAGUGUAAUGUACAACGGCUGGGGCGACGUGCAUCAGGAGGCCCUGUACUCUCGGGGUCCCGCCAGGGACCACAGGUUCUACCAGCAGUAUCCGACCCUGCCUUACCAGUGCGCGUCCAAAGACAACUAUUUGUUCCAAGGACACUAUAACCUACAGCCUCCCGUCGCGAUUGGCCAAUAAUAUUUACUGUAAUUAUACAAUAAGUGACAGUAUUACAGAGUAAGUAACUGUAAUAACAAAGCAAGUGACAGUAAUACAGAGUAAGUAACUGUAAUA